UUUCCCUGUCGUCCCUGCUGUGGGCGGGUGGAUGUCUUGCUUAUAAACCCAGAUCUUUCCUCGUGGGCGGGAACAGCAACAGUAGUGAAGCUCAGGAAGAGAGAGAGAGAGAGGGAGAGGGAGAGGGAGAGAGAGAGAGACAGAGACAGAGACGGAGGAGGAGAAGAGGCUGUGGUGGCGGCUGUGGUUGACCGGGGUUCGCGGAGGGGGCGAGGUGGCCGCCCCUGAAUGCCUCUUCAACCGCGCAUGGACGACCACCUCAGCCUCCUGCAAUCACCCCCGCCGAGCGCAACCAAAACCCGGAGCGACAACCUGGUGAACCACGGAUACACCGAGACAGAAGCCGACGUGAUGACGGUUGUGGCGUGUGACAACAUGCUGGAGGAGUCGGCGGCUCUCCCGGGCCACCACUCCCUGGACCGAUAUGAACCGGACCAAGAAUGCUGCGAGAGGGUCGUCAUCAACAUUUCAGGGUUACGCUUCGAGACCCAGCUCAAAACUCUAUCCCAGUUUCCAGAGACGCUCCUGGGGGACCCCAAGAAGAGGAUGAGGUACUUUGAUCCUCUCAGGAACGAGUACUUUUUCGAUCGAAACCGACCCAGCUUUGAUGCUAUUCUGUAUUACUACCAGUCUGGCGGGCGCAUCAGACGACCCGUAAAUGUGCCCAUUGACAUUUUCUCUGAGGAGAUCCGAUUCUAUGAGCUGGGUGAGGAUGCUAUGGAGAAGUUCAGGGAGGAUGAGGGCUUCAUAAAGGAGGAAGAGCGGCCGUUGCCAGAGAAUGAAUUUCAAAGACAGGUGUGGCUGCUUUUUGAAUACCCAGAGAGCUCGGGUCCCGCACGGGGCAUAGCGAUAGUAUCUGUCCUGGUCAUUCUCAUCUCCAUUGUCAUCUUCUGCUUAGAGACAUUGCCGGAGUUCAGGGACGACAACAGGGAUCCGAUCACAAUUGAACCUGUGAUUAAUGGCACGCUCCCGUAUUUCACCAGCCCCUUCUCUGACCCGUUCUUUGUUGUGGAGACGUUGUGCAUCGUUUGGUUCUCCUUCGAGCUGCUGGUGCGCUUCUUUGCAUGCCCGAGUAAAGCCACGUUCUCCAAAAACAUUAUGAACAUUAUUGACAUCGUGGCCAUCAUUCCCUAUUUCAUCACCUUGGGCACAGAGCUGGCAGAGAGGCAGGGAAACGGACAGCAGGCCAUGUCAUUAGCCAUUCUGCGCGUAAUUAGGCUUGUUCGGGUAUUUCGUAUCUUCAAACUCUCGCGUCACUCCAAAGGGCUUCAGAUUUUAGGACAGACUCUGAAGGCCAGUAUGCGUGAGCUGGGCCUGCUUAUCUUCUUUUUGUUCAUCGGUGUCAUACUUUUCUCCAGUGCUGUCUACUUUGCUGAGGCAGAUGAUCCAGAUUCGGGUUUCACCAGCAUCCCGGACGCAUUCUGGUGGGCUGUUGUCACCAUGACCACCGUGGGCUAUGGGGACAUGCACCCAGUGACAAUAGGUGGAAAGAUUGUGGGGUCUUUGUGCGCCAUCGCUGGUGUGCUGACCAUUGCCCUGCCUGUGCCUGUCAUCGUCUCCAAUUUCAACUACUUCUAUCACAGAGAGACGGAGGGCGAGGAGCAGGCACAGUACCUGCACGUGGGCAGCUGUCAGCCUCUAGCAGACACAGAGGAGCUGAGGAACACUCGCUCCUCUUCCUCAAUCAGCAAGAGCGAGUAUAUGGUGAUAGAGGAGCACGGGAUCAACAGCGCUUUCAAACAGCAGCCCAACUUCCCCACCACCACGCAAAACAACUCGCAGAAUUGCGUGAAUAUAAACAAAAAGAUUUUCACUGACGUGUAGCCAAUUUUGGAAUCAUGGCCCUGAGCACAGAAAGGGGCGGUGUGUAAACACAGCUGCUUCUGUCGUUGCGCUGCAGCGUGUGGAAGCAAAUCAGAUGAAGAAAGAAAGCAAGCCCUGUCUGUUCAGAGACGCUGCUUUGUGCUCCAUUCAAAGAAUCCGGAUUUUUCAUUUGGGUGAUCUGAAUUCAUAAUUCUCUAUGUUUUCCUUUCGCGCUUGGAGACAAAGAGCUCUUAAAGUAGCUAUUAGGAUUACUAUUCUUCUCUGAGUAAGGGAAUUGAUCUAUUGUGCAUUGUGCAAUAGUCAAAAUAUUAUCACAACAGGUAGUAUUAUAAGCUUUAUAACUGUGAAAGUACAACUGUAUGCUACUUGAUGAAGCACUCACAUUGUAUUAACAUGCGUUAUGAGUCGUGAUUCGUCGGUCAUAGCCUAUGUAGCCUAUACUAUUCAGAGUCAUUUAAAUGUGUGUGUUUAAACACAUGUAAUGUCUGAAAAACACUGUUCUGCAUAUAUUAUCUCAAUUAGACCGUUCUGUGAUUUGCCUUUAUUGUGCGUUAAAGUCUAGUCCAAAUGCUGCGGUCUUUAAAAUAAUCCCCUAAUUCCUUAAUGUGAAUUGUCCCAGUAGGCUAUUUAAUGCGUAAACGUCACCAUAUAAACCCAGGGGACCGCCGACUGUCAGUGUCUCAUUAUCGGUGCAAGACACACGUUUAAGCGGAGAAACACGCAAACAUAAAGCGAUCAAAUAUGGAACGUGCUUCUCUUUGGAUGCCUCAAAUAUAGCCAGUCGCCAUGGCGACGGUCGUUUCUUCGGUAACCCCAGUCACCGUUGCCAUGGCAUCCUUGUUUCCACAGUAACCCCCCAGAUGAAUUGGAAGUCUCUAAGACUAUUUUGUCAUCACGCUUUGCGCGACUAAAAUACAAGCCCAAACAAAACAUGGCAGCGCCACUAUCGCCAAUCAUCAAGCUCACUUAGUGACUUUAGCAUUGACACAAAAACAAAUUAGAGUAAGAAGGUCUGUUUACAAAUUGCCACCAUGGACUGCCUCCAAAAAAAAAUUAACCAGGUACAGCUCAGAGAAGUGCCCAGAUGAGGGAUGCGGAAGGAGAGGCAGCGCGUGAGGAAUUAUGAAUGGCCUGGGAGCACAUCAUGGUGUCUGGCUGUCCAGAGUGCGCUACUGCGUGCCCUCAGCAGAGGCUGCUGUUCUCCCACUGGUAAAACUGGUGAAAGUUGUUCAAUUUGUCUGCACAGACCUCCUGACGACCCCAAUUAUACUGCCUCCCAUAGGGGCGGAAGAACUCUGGUCUUUCCAUUAGGUCAGAUUGGCCAAAGUUAAGAAUUGAGACAGAACUCCCACUGGAUCAUUUUUUUCUUCCUUACCCUCCUCCUGCUGACUGGUGUCCUUAAACCUGGACUAUGUGCCUAAAGUACCAGUUCUCCCCCUCCAGUGGAACACCACUCAAUCCAAAAUGCAACAAAAUGCAAUCGCAAGAAUGACAACAAACAGAUGUAUAACAUUUUCCAAGUACAGUUUUGUAGUUGCAGUUGCCUUUAUGACUGCUUCUCUUCUGGAGUUAACACAUUGUGAGUGGAACCAUUACAGGAUAAAGUGAUUCUGGCAGUAGCAGAAUUCAGCUGGAACUGUUAUGGACAUUUCUCCAUACUGCUUUCAACUUCAAAAGGACAGAUUCAGGAAACAGCCAGCAAUUUUGCAAAGCACAUUUAAUUCCUGGACUUUACACAGAUUUCUACAUUCUGUAUCCAUAUUGCUGGGAAAUUAUAUUAAUUGUGGAUAAUAACUAACAAACAGCUUUUACCUAAAGUCAAAAGUGGCAAAAACUGAGGCCAACCCUGAUUUGCUGAUAUGAAACUGUGAUACAAAUCAAAGACUGUUAGCCAUAUGCCUUUGGUUAGCUCUGUGUGCUCUGUAUUGCUAAUAUGUGAAACACACACCUACGUACGUGUGCUGGUUGCAGCCUUUCCCCUGACCAACAAAUGGAGAACAAUACACACAAACAAACACAAACACAGACACGCACACACAGUGUAAAUGGUGCCUGGCUCUCUUUUAUCCCAGAGUGCACUGGUGUUUUUUGGGAUGGGGCAGAAUAAUGUCAGGGGAAGGCUGUGUAUGCCAGUAUUUGUGUUGUGUUAUUCUGUGCUGUCUUAAACAUGACCCAUAUAAAGAGAUUA